UGUGCAUGUCUUCCUCUUGAAGCCCAGACUCGUCCUUACAUUCUGACAAAUCCGACGGUUAGAAAGUGACCAUUUGAAUCAUCAAAUAGUAAUAUCCAAUCGAUAAAAAAAAAAAUGGUCCAGUCUCUACUCUCUCGACCGUGGUUCCCCUCUCUGCAGCGAUUCCCUCUCUCUUUUCUUUACUUGCAGAUUACAAACACAUAAAUCCACUCUUCACUUCCUCUUUUUUCUUUCUCUCAUCUGACCGCCUCCCUGUCCUUUCUUCUCGCUCUCUCUCUGCGUUGCAGAGAAGCAGAAAUGCCGAAUACGUUGGCCAAGAACCUCCAUCGCUGCUUUUCCAAGUGUAAACGUCCGGUGGUCACUGAAUCUCCUCGCGCGCCACUCGUUGCGAGCGAUCACGAACGUAGCACAGAGACAGGAACAACGUCGAUCCUGGUGAAGAAUUUCAACUCGUUAUAUGAUUUCACCUCUGAUUCAACUUCCAAAUCAGUGAGUCGUUCCAGCCACAACUUCUCAUCUUCAGAGUAUUCCGAGGAUUUACUGGAAACUACUAUCCCUGAUUUCGCCACCAUCUUCGCUUCACAACGCUUAUUCUUCUCCUCCCCUGGUCGAUCUAACUCCAUCUUCAAAUCGCCAACGGAAAGUCCUCCUCCUCCUGAAGAAGAAGAAACAGAGAAACUACUGAUCGGAGGAAUUCCCAUCUCCACGUUCUCGCCAGAUCCUUAUACGGAUUUCAGACGAUCAAUGCAAGAGAUGGUUGAGGCACGCGAAUUGCUUGACGUGAGGUCUGAUUGGGAUUACCUUCACGAAUUACUCUUGUGCUAUCUCACUCUCAACCCUAAGCACACCCACAAGUUUAUCAUCGGCGCUUUUGCUGAUCUCCUCCUUAGUCUAAUGACGACGUCGACGAAAUCCAACGGUAGCAGCAAUUCUUCCGGCUCCGAUGUAGUCUCCGGCCGGUGUAUGGUUUCACGGCGGUUGUUGUAACUUGCCCAUCUCAUAAAAUUCUUAUUUAACCGAUACUUUUUUCAAUUUUUAGGAAUUUCAGUUGAGAUAUAUUUUGUUUUUCUCGUUGGGUAGUUUUGGAUCUGUAACUUCUGUUUGUCUGUAUAUAGCCUUUUGAUCUUGUCUUUAUAGUUGAUUAGUUUCUAA